AUGCUUGUAAAUGAUUCUGAUUUCUCUAAAUCUGAUAAUGAUUUGGAGAUGUUCAAAGCUGUUACUAUGGAUGAAGAACUACUAGAUAGUGAAAUGGGAUCAAGCUCACGUCGUGGUUCUGUUCGAGGUUAUAAAGUCAUUCAUCGUGACCAUAUUCAAGAUCAUGAAAAGCUUUUUCUCAAUUAUUUUGCUAAAUCGCUUAUAUAUCCUCCUGGGCUAUUUCGAAGGAGGUUUCAAAUGAAGCGUUCACUUUUUCUUCGAAUUCAAGCUACAGAAGAAGCGCACAAUCCGAUGCUUGCUUAUGGAGUAGCCGCUGAUUUUAUGGACGACUAUGUGAGAAUUGGAGAACGCACUGCAAUAGAAAGCUUAAAAUAUUUUGUUAAAGAAGUUGUUUAUAUUUUUUCUAAUGAGUACUUGAGGUCACCAAACAGCAAUGACAUCGCUAAACUGCUAACGGCAUUUUUUGAAUUACCUGGAUCUCAUAAUGAUAUCAAUGUGCUAGAAAUGUCUUUUGUAUGUACCGAACUUGCUCAAGGGCGUGCUCUUGCAGUCAAUUACACCAUCAAUGGUAAUUAA